GAAAGAACCAUCGUCACCAUCGGGGGGCGUGAAGCGGCGGGAGUUUUUGACCUCACGCAAGAGGCUAUUAAAUGCCUAAUUAUUACCUAGGGGAUGCCCCAGCCUCACACUCGAUCGCCCUCUCUUUCGUCUCCCAUCUCACCACAGUCGCAUUGCAAAAAUGCAAAAAUGCAAAAAUGCAAAAAUGCCCUGCAGGUUUAUGCGCCCGCCCUUGCAUACAGGCACCGCACGCCCGGGAUCGCUGCUGCAGGACCCCCCCGCCGCGCGCGCGCAUAUUCGUAAGAUGCUUGUUUCGCCAUGGGCAGACUCCCGACGGCGUCAGCGUGAUCAGCUCUCCCACCACCACCACAUCUCACUCGCCGGCUUUGUUGGGAAGAUCCCGAGGGAGAGAGAGACACAGACAAGACACAGACAGAGAGAGAGUUUCCGCAGUCCCCGUUUCGGGUCCAAGCUCCAUCCAGCCAUGGGAGACUCCGUAUGCAGGAGAAUGAACCGGGGGCCAAAAGAAAAAGGCGCCGAUUUAUGUAGCUGCGGUGGUGGUCGACCCCAAUUGGGAACCGGGGGGAGACGGAGAGACGGGGGGGAACACACGGUAGAUGGGGUUCCCGCUCGCUGGGCUCUUCUGGAAUGCGAAUUGUAAUAUUAGGGGGCCAUGAUGAGGUGCGGUGCGGUUCAUCCGGAGGCGCUUGGCUCUUUCGUCACCGCUGGAGUUGCAGUCGAUGGUUUUUUUCGUUUCCGGGGGACUGGAAGACGGCGGAUGGUGGAUGGUGGAUGGUGGAUGGUGGAUGGGAGAGAUGGCGUAAUCGAGACUCAGGGAGGAUAAGUAACACCAAACACA